CGACAGUUUCCAUGGGUCAGUGUACAGAGAAACUAACUUUCAGUAACAAUAUUACUCAACACCAUUGGGCUAGCGUAGCUAGCUUCCCUACAACAACACAGGGCCUGGCGUUAAUAGGCAGCUAGCGUGGUAGCUACCCAGUUAGCUUAGCUGUAGAUAUCAGAAAAUAGUAUUUUUUAGUAAUUUAUUUGCUAAAUAGCUUUUCGUUACAAUUCGUAUUUGCGUUAUCAACGUUGUUUUUCGUCCUUUAAGGGUCCAUGUUCCUCCCAGAGCCAUGCGCUAGCCCGUCCGCUAACUGACUUCACCGGCACAAGGGUGCGUCCCAAACCGCAAACAACUAUACUAAAUAAUGUGUCAAAUUUGAACACCGCCAACGGUGUCAUGGUUAUUUUUGACAUACUCUUUAGUAUGUAGUGUGCGGUCUGAGACGUAGCCUCAGCGUAAUAAAAUAAUAGCUCAGCCAGAUAGCUGCUCAACAUAACUGCAAGUAGUGAAUGUCAUCCUGUUGGACAUGUAGUAUUGCACUACCUGGAGCCUAGAAACCAUUAUUCCAUACCACCGUACAGUGCACUUGUAGGGAGUAGUAAGCCGAAUGUGUUCAAGCCACUAACCGCUUUGUACAGCGCAUGCGCAGUGCAAGCCGGGCCCUGAACAGAGCGGGUCUGUGGACAAUCACAGGUCUGUAGUCCAUGUGCGCUUCACUUAACUCGCAUGGAUAAACUGCUCAAUGGCCGGUAAACUGCUGACUCAAGCCGGAGAGGCAACGUGUAGAGCUUAAACCUCUUCAGAAAAGUUUUAGGUAUGGUGAUUCUCCAUUUAUAAGUAUUAAAAUCCAUGCUGGGAGAGAGUACAAUGGCAGUUCAUGGCUUCCAUCGGAGCUGAGGACUUGAGAAAGGGGGCAUCACAGCCAACCCUUGUUGUCCAAGCAAAAUCUGCAAUUGUGCAAUCGUCCAACACUCAUGCGUCUUCUGCUGUCCUUGAAAAGAAAUGGCAUCAUCCUUCAGCAUUUGUUGACUCUGUACCUCUGCCCCAUGUGAAAGUGGUGUAUGAGCAGCCCCAUAAUUUCUCAGGGAUAACUUCACAGCGUGCCUCUCCGUCAGUGCCUGCAGGGGUUGUACGUGCCCAAAGCACAGGUGCUCAUCCUUCCAGCAGUGGUAGUAGGGAUACAAGAGCACACAGUGCUGUCUCAAAGAGCUCAGUUCAUAUCAGUGGUCCCUCUACUGUAUAUCAAAGAACUUGUCAUCUGGAGCCAGUUAUUCACGGGUAUCAGUCACACAGGCACCUGAACCCGCUCAGGUUAAGGUCAAGACUUUUAGGAAAAAGAGCUUUUGCACCUCCGCUGUCAAUUUAUCCUCCUUGUCCCUCCCCACCCAAGACAUCCUCUCACAAAGCAUCUGUGAAGGUUGAGAAAAUCAUGCCUGCGAAUCAGUCUUACCCGUGGUCGAGGGGUAAGCUCAGAAGCAACGGCAAUGCGGUUAUACGUUCCUCCAGUGCCAAGGUGCCUACGAUUGCCAGGCUAGAGAUGAACGAUUUGAAGAAGUCUAGUGCUCUACUUUCUGGCAAGAGAGAAUGCAAAGCAGACAUACUAAAACACAGCCAAACAACAGUGCCUUUAGAGGAUAAAUACACAGACGUGCCUCCAAAUCAUAUUUCAGACUCGUCUGCGUGCAACAAGAUUGUGGCUGAGGAUGCUAAAGAGAAUGAGCACAUAGUGGAAUGCUGCGUGGGACAUGAAGCCAGUGAAGCACCUCAGAGAGUGAGGAAAGUCAGCUCUGAGGUGGAGUUCACGGCAGCUGUACGAAAGCUCACUAAUAACCUGGUACACGUGCGCAACGGCACACUAAACGGUCUGAGUGGACCACUAACGACCAACUUUGAUUCUCAGUGCAACUGGAGAGAAGUAAAAGCAGGUGCCAAUUCUGCGACGCAAGCCUCGACAGUUUGCCUUAUUAAUGGGAGUGAAGAGUUUUACAUGGACACAGAUCCCUCCAAUGCCCUUUGCCUAGAUGAAAAUUUUCCUAAUGAUGGAAUGACUCGGGACAGUACAUGUGCCAUUCCAGAGGAUAUUGAGCGCAGAAUGGACUCCCGUCAAUCUCCCACUGUUUACUCGGUAAUGAACCAGAUAUCUGCCAUACACCUUACAAAGGACUGCUGUCAGUACACUUCAGAGGAGGACCCAAGCCAGUUCCCUGUGACUCUGGAUGAGGGAAGUCUGCCUGAUGUCAGGGGUGGAAAGCCUUCAAAGAUCAGUGGAGGUUAUUGUAACAGCAAAGGGGGACUAAAGCAGGAAGGGGCUGUUCGAAAAGCACACGGGAAUGUCAUGGUCAGGGUGUGUCAGGUGAAUGUUGCUGUGUUACGGAACGGUGAGGAAAAAGAGCUUCCAGAUGAGUUUGAGAAUGUUUGCAGUGGCAAUAAUGAUGAUGGAUCAGAAUCCGAUGCCUCUUCAGCACCCUCUAUGGCAGCUUCACCAAAUAUUGAGGAGCCCAUGAGCUGUGAGUUGGAGGAUGAUCGGGAGGUGAAGCCAGCACUGGUGCCCAGCCUGUUCCCCUUCAGGCCCCCUACAUUAUACUUCAGUACCGCCAACGAACGAGUGGAGUUGCUUCCUCUGGAGCAGAGGAGUCUCCUGAAAUGGAAAAUAAGUACUGUCACCCCUAACAUAGUCAAGCACACAAUCACUAGAUCCCAUUUCAAAGUCACCAAGAAGAGUCAUGACUGGCUGGGCUGCUGGGGUCAUCAUAUGAAGUCACCUGGGUUCAAGGCCAUACGAGAGUACCAGAAGCUGAAUCAUUUUCCAGGUUCCUUUCAGAUCGGACGGAAAGACCGUCUGUGGCGGAACCUGUCCAAGAUGCAGACACAGUUUGGCAAACAGGAGUUUGGCUUCUUCCCGCGUUCGUUUGUGCUCCCGCAGGACAUGAAACUUCUGAAGAAGGCCUGGGAGGAUGGAGGGGGCCGGCAAAAAUGGAUCGUGAAACCGCCUGCUUCAGCCCGAGGAAGUGGAAUUCAAGUUAUUCAUAAGUGGAGUCAAAUGCCACGCAAGAGACCUCUCCUUGUGCAGAAAUACCUUCACAAGCCCUACCUUAUUAGUGGGAAUAAAUUUGAUUUGCGUAUCUAUGUGUACGUGACCUCUUAUGACCCACUCCGUGUUUACAUCUUCAACGAUGGACUCGUCCGCUUCGCAAGCUGCAAAUAUUCCUCUUCAAUGAAAAGCCUUGGCAACAAAUUCAUGCACUUGACAAACUACAGUGUGAACAAGAAGAAUGCUGAGUAUCAGACCAACAGCGAUGACAAGGCCUGUCAGGGCCAUAAAUGGGCACUGAAGGCGCUUUGGCAAUAUCUGGAUUCGAAAGGAAUUAGCACCACUCUUCUCUGGGAGAAGAUUAAGGACAUGAUCAUUAAAACCAUCAUUGCGUCAGACCCAUAUGUAAACUCCCUGGUGAAGAUGCAUGUGCGUUCCCCAUACAGCUGUCACGAGCUGUUUGGCUUUGAUAUCAUGCUGGAUGAGAACCUGAAGCCAUGGGUUCUUGAAGUCAACAUCUCUCCCAGCUUACACUCCAACAGCCCGCUGGACGUGAGUAUUAAGGGCCAAAUGAUCCGCGAUGUGCUAAACCUAGCUGGUUUUGUGCUGCCUAAGAAAGAAGACAUUAUCCUGUCCAGCAGUAGUGGCAACAGCUCCAGCGGCAGUUUGCAUGAAGGAGUGCGAGAGAGAUCAAAAUCAGACCUGUCCGCUGAUGAGAAACUGAAGAGAGCUUUCUAUCUCACCCAGAACUUUGGUGACCAGGAUUUCUACUCCAAAAUUCUGGAAGUGUUAACCCCUGACGAUGUGCGUGUUCUGGCUGAGAGUGAGGAUGAGCUGAGUCGUCUAGGAGACUUUGAACGCAUCUUCCCUUCCCCUGCCUCCUCCCGCUACCUCCGUUUCUUUGAGCAGCCUCGCUACCUCAACCUCCUCCUUAACCAGUGGGAACAGAAAUACAGUCAAAACCGGAGCAAAGGUAUCGAACUGCUGAGAAGUCUCUGUCAGAAAAGAGUACACUUGGGGAACCUUUCUGACUCUACACAUCAUUGGUCAUCAAAAUCCAAUCUUGGACACCGUUCAGACCUCCAGUGCACCACAUUUGCCAAGACAAUACUUACAAAAUCAAGUGCAACAGUAAGUCAGUAUGUAAGCUCCCAGCUGGAUGAAGAUGAUGAAGAUGAUGAUGAUGAUGAGUGGUCUGAUCAUGAUGUUCAGUCACUGACCUCCAGUAUUCCAGACAUGAGUCUGAUGGGAUUAGUGAGCCCAAAUUGAAAUGUGGCCAACGCCAGUCUGCCUCACCAGGACUACCUGUGAGACUAGUCAUGUACUCUGUGAUAAGUGAACAUCCAGGACUUCCACACAACGCACAAAAAAAUGAAUACUUGCACAUUUGAAGAGUUUGGUAGAGGGUGCUUGGGUUUUUGCCUUAUGACAAGUUGCUAGGAACAAACGUAUUUUUACAUAAUUCUCUCCCCUCAGUUUGUUAAACAGGUUUUUGCCCCAUCAGGAAGUGGGGUUCAUAGUUGAUUGGCCAGACUGAUGACUGUUUUAAUCACAUAUCUAUUUCACCAUUUCCAAGACUAAAGGUACGCUUUUCAAGGGCGGACUGGUAGACACGUUUGAAGAACAAAGAUGUAUAUGCAUAUGCUGUGUUUAUAUAUAUAUAUAUAU